AUGGAGGGCGUUCAGACGGUAGAUGUGAGCUGGCUCCAUCACUCGCAGAAAGAUCACCUCUCCCGCACCAAAUCUGCUUCCUCGAACUCUGGCGACAACAAGCCCGUCAAUGGCAAUGAUACCACCACCCCUUCCCACAAAUCUCACCGGCGGAAUCGAUCCAAUAGUAGUCCCGCCCGACCUCCGAGUGAACCCCGAGAGCCAAAUGGGUCAAGAGAGCCCGAAAAUGGUCUCCCAAAGAUAGAUGAGAAGCCAUUAUCUGUGGAUAUCCCUCUACCGCCUGUAGACACAAAGCUCGACCCGAAAAUCUUGGCUGCGUCGGGUCCGCCACCGAAAUCAAGUCCGAAGCAAGUCAAUGGGCGCCGAAACUCAUGGAUAUCUACUAUAUCUUCCAAAUUCUCCUCUGGGUCCACUCCUCCGUCCCAGUCGAGCUUGAAGGGAACUCCUGCUAGUCCAAAGGCCACGUCGCCCAUGGAUAUGCACAAUCCGUUCGGAGCCGCCUAUUCGCCUGGUGAGAGGGAUCUCGAGAAGAAAGACGAUCCAUCCAGUUCAACAGUAUCGACAUCCCCUAAAGGACCCUCCUUCCUGCACAAUGCGCUCAGGAAGCUAUCUUCCAACUCUGGCGGAUUACCAAAGAUUCCGCCCAACGUGAAGUGCCCUCGACGUAUCAUGAACCUUGACCAAGAUCGAGAUCGGUGCAAGAUCUCGGACUUGAAUCAAGCGAAGCUGAAGCGUGUGGCUUUUUGCGUCGAUGUGGAAAUCGCAGGGAUAUCUCAUCAUGAUUCUGAUGAAGACGCUCCUCCAACAAAUCAGUUACGCCAAUCCCUAGCCGAACACAACCGCCAAAAAGCAAAGAAGGCGGAGAUCAAGGACAAGGCGAAAGAGGAGGUGGGUGCUGCGAAAAAUACCCACUCUGCAGUAGCAGAGAAGGAAGAUCCGAUGCCAACAGCAACGCCAACGCCUGUUCCAACCCAAGCUACCGGUCCGUCCGAUGCUCCAGCGUCAACCUCACCUCCCGAACCCGAAACGCCCGCGGACAGCAAGCCGAAUGGCGAAGUGAAAGAAAUAUCGCGCAAAGCCGAGAAGAAGAAGCGUUCGGAGGAGGAGAGAAAGGAGCGCAAAGAGCGCAAACGGAGACAAGCUGUGGCCAAUGGCACUAUUCCAUUGCAGCUCGAUGCUGAGCAUGAUGAGGAGGACUCCCGCCCACCGUCUCCCACGGGCUCUCGCUCCAAGACUCAAAGCCAUCCUACCACGGAUCCUGUGCGUAUCUACCGCCGAUGUUGCCAACUGCGCGAGACACCCGUUUUGAAGCGAGUCGUUGACGAGAUCUCUUCACCUUCAUCGACUCUUGCCGAAUCUCCUGGUACUGUCGCUACACUUGAUCUGAGCAACUUCCCCAUGACGCUUCAGGAUAUCUCAACCUUAAGCGAUUGGCUCGCCGUGGUCCCGGUUCGCAAGUUGCUUCUUGAAAGCUGCGCUCUCACCGACGAAUCCGUGCGGGCUAUUCUCUCUGCAUUAUUAUCUACGAAGACUGUAGAGCAAAUGCGCUCGAGAAGGCGACGAGCUCGCAGAUUCGAGGCCUCCGUCAUUAAGGAAGAGCGCUGGGGUGUGGUGGAGAAACUCUCGUUGAAGAACAACCCGAAGAUCGGCCGCGAAGGAUGGCGCCAUAUUGGGCUUUUCGUCCAUCUAUCCAAGUCCUUAAGGGCAAUCGACUUGUCUGGCAUACAGUUCCCAAAGCCACGAGUCGUCUCUGCUGGGUCAACUGGGCCUACCACGGCUGGAUCCGUUGGCCCAGAUGUCUGCGACACUUUCGCAUGCGCCCUUGCAGAAAGAUUCCACGGUGACCAUCUGGAGGAGCUUCUUAUGAGUGAAUGCAGACCUUCUACUGAGCAAAUCAAACGGAUCUGCGAAGCGACAACGAAGAUGGGACUUCGACGGUUGGGUCUCGCGAACAAUGAUCUGACCAGGGAGAGCUUGGAGCAUGUUGUCAAGUAUAUGCAAGAUGGGAAGUGUGAGGGACUCGAUCUUGGAGGCAAUGCGCUCAAAGACGAUCUUGAUCUUAUCAUUGAGGCCAUCGAGCCGGAGCAACCUCUUUACGCCAUUAGCUUGGCUGAUUGCGGACUCGAUUCCUCGGUCAUAUCGCCUCUACUGCAAGCCCUUGCUCGACUUCAUAAUCUUCGCUUUAUCGAUUUCUCUCACAAUGCCCUACUAUUCACAGGACAGCAAAGCGCUCUGGGUGUCUUCAGACGCUUCUUGCCCAAGAUGCCAUCGCUUAGACGUAUUCAUCUGGCAGAUGUGAAUCUUUCCCCCGACCAUGUCAUUGGACUCGCGGAGGUCUUGCCGGAGUGCCCCGUUCUCUGCCACCUGAAUAUUUUGGAAAAUCCUCAAAUUACUGCUUUGGCGUCAGCUGUUGAUCCAGCAGUUCAGGAAGAGGCUUGUGCCGUCUAUGCUUCCAUGAUGGCUGCUGUGCGCGUAUCUAGGACAAUCGUCGCAGUGGAUAUUGAAGUCCCGACUGCGGAGAAUAACGAAGUUGUUAAGGCACUUGCGUCCCAAAUCGUCGCCUACUCGCUUCGCAACCUCGAGGGAAGUGCGAUUGGCGAGGAGAUUACGGGACCACUUGCGCCAUUGGCCGACAAAGACGUCGUUGUGCCAGAAAUCCUACAGCACAUGGUGGGACAUGCCAGCGGCACGGAAGAAACGGUGGACGAUGACGACGAGGCUGCGCCAGAUGAAGAUUACGUCCUGGGCGGCACAGGUGUCGUCAAGGCACUCGGUGUCUGUCUUGGAAAUCUAGACCACCUUGGGGAUGCUGGAGAGGUUUCUGCGCCGCCUAGUGGCGCCAACACACCUAGGCGUCGGAAGUCAAGAGGUGUUGUUACCAAGAGACCUGGCGAUAUGUCGAAAAAUCUUCUCGAGUCAGCUCGUAAUAUUCGCGCUCGCAUCCAGACUGCCCUCAUCCGCGAGGAUCGGGCGGGUAACGAUGCCAGCUACAGACGUCUCCAAUUUUUGGACAUGACUUUGCAACGCAUGAUCCAGCGCUUCGAAGACGAGUACCCCGAAACGCGCCUUGCUUCUCAACCUGCACCGCCCUCUACUCCUCCGGAUACCAAUUCUCAACAUUCUGGCGAGGACCUCUCAGCUAUGGCCACUAGUGCCAAUUUGCAUGGCAGUAGCGCAGACCACGAGAACGCUGUGGACGAUGAAGAUGCCGACAAUUUCGACAUCACCCUCUCUCGUAGUAGCUCUAUGACCUCGCUGCAUGCCCGCGCCAUGACAUCGGAAGAAGGCCAUGUCCAUCGAAUUGGCCAACAUCUUCGCCAAGGUGAUGGUGAUGAAGAUGACUACUCCCACAUUCUGGCACUCCGCGAAAAGCUAGAGCGCUUGCAGGAUCGGCAGUCUCAGUCACCAUUCGAAAGUGCCGAAGCUGAGCGUACGUUUGCAGAGCUCGGUCAUACCGUCGAUGAACUCUGGGCUGCGAGAAAGCAAGAUGCUGAGAGCUUUGAGAGAUUCAAGCAGUCGCAGAUCGCAGCUCAGAUCAACAGUGGGCUGCGCCGUGCUACUUCUGUGUCCAACGGUCACGGUCCACAAGGGAAGAACGACUCCCCGGACAGCGACUCUCCACCAUCUUGA